AAUCAAAGUGCAAACAACAAAGAGAUUGCUUGCCAAAACAGAAACACUCUUGCAGUCCGACCAGCGAAUUAACGCCAUCAUCUGAACGAUAAUAUGUGUUUUGUGUGUCGAAACGAUGCAUUAACGCAUCCAGUGCGAGUGGACGGAAAAAGGUUUCGCGAAAAUUAGCGCUCAAACACGCCCAAACAGUCAGCUGCAAAGCGUCGAACCGUGGCGCUCGAUCUCCUAACCUCACAACGGCAACGACUAGCGGUUGACGCAAUCUCGGCUGUCGGAAGUAAGCGGUCGCGCCGAUUUCCAUUUAUUGCAAUUCGGAAUAUCACACAAAAACAUAUUGCAGUGAAGGUCUGCUUCAUACGGAUAUUUUACAAACUGUGCAUGAAAGAACCAAAAAGCUGUGCCCGUUAAGGAAUAGCAUACGGAUUAUCGAACGCGUGAGAGUGUGGAAGAGAGACAGCGUGUGGGAAAAGGACAAAGGGAACCGGUGACUUGAUGUGAACAAAAACAGUGGGGUGGGAUUUGUGUUUGGGGUGGUAAGAUCGGUAGUGGGUUGUGGCUAAAGGAACCGGUUAAACAUGAAGUCUCCGCUGCCGUUGCCUGAACUAUUUGAAGAGGAUGAAUUUUCGUUCUCCUUUAAGAAGCCACGCGGACUGCACGAUGCGUUCAGCAGACGACGACCGCCGAAGCUCAUGCAACCGUUGAAUCGCAGCAUUAAUGCUUCGAUGGCGAACGUAAUCUCGUUCCGGCUCGAUGACAGCCGGGCCGAGCUGAGCGCACUGUACAACCGCCACAAACCGGAAACGUACUACGAGCAGUGCUUCGAGCAACUGACCAAGGUGGGCGAAGGUUCGUUCGGGGAGGUGUUCAAGGUGCGCAGCCGCACGGACGGUCGGCUGUACGCGGUGAAAAAGUCGAAAACCUACUUCCGCAGCUCGCAGUGCCGCCAGCUGUGCCUGGAGGAGGUGCGCCGGUACGAGCAGUUCUCCGACCACGAGAACUGCGUCAAGCUGUACCAGGCGUGGGAGCAGGAUGAUCGGCUGUACAUGCAGAUGGAGCUGUGUCGCGAAAACCUGGAGGUGUACGCACGCGAGCAGCAGCAGCUGCCGGACGAGCGCAUCUGGUCGAUACUGCUCGAUCUGCUGCUGGCGCUUAAAAGCCUGCACGAUCGCAACCUCAUCCAUCUGGACAUUAAGCUGGACAACAUUCUCGUGACGGACGACGGGACCUGCAAGCUGGCCGACUUCGGGAUCGUGUUCGAUCUGACGAAGAGCAAUCCGCGGUACGCCACCGAGGGUGAUUCGCGCUACAUGGCGCCGGAGCUGAUGGAGGGCACGUACACGAAGGCGGCCGACAUCUUUAGCCUCGGCAUAGCGACACUCGAGCUGGCCUGCAAUCUCGAGCUGCCACCGAACGGGCGAAUGUGGCAGCGUUUGCGCAACGGGCAGCCCCUGCCCGAGCUGUUGGCGCGCAAGGUUUCUCCCACGCUGAAGGACAUCAUCCACAGCAUGAUGCGCCCGGUCCCGGCCGAGCGACCCACCGUCGACGUGCUGCUGAAGCAUCCGAUGCUGCAGAAGCUGUACGAAGCGCGAAGGCGAAGGCGAAUCUUCGAGCGGACCGGGUCCUACCUCUGCCGGAAGCUUUCCAGCCUAGCGCGAUUCGUGCUCGUUGCGGUAAUGUGGCUGGUAGCGUGCUUUCGACUACAGCACCGGAAAGAUUCUCCCGACGCGAAGGUGGAAAGAGGACAGCAGAAAGCAGCGAACAAAACGGCGAGAAGCUGCAACGGUUCGAAUCUGUCCGUUGGCAGCUGUUCCCGGACGGGUAUCGCAUUCGGUGCGUCGCGCUCAUUCCAGGAGCACUGUUCCAGCCUGCUGGCGGAUGAUGACAAUGAGAUGGAUUUUAGCGGCACCGGGUUCGAUAGUAGCGCAUGCACGGCCGCUGGCGACGAGGCGGACUGUGAUCGCACAGCCGGUACGCAGGACGGUGGCGGUACGGACAAGGAGAGUGUGCAAAUUACUCCGACGCUCAACAGCUCCAUGCCACCGACCCGCACACCGACGGUACGGAUCGUUAACUCGACGCCCCUCAACCACCACCACCACCACCACGACCAUCUGCACAGGCACCAUCUACAGUUUCAGCAGACGCAGCAGAGCCAUUCCGGUUCGCGGCACGCAAGCCGUGUUUUCUGUUCCCCGUUGCGCAUUUUGUGGUUUGAGGACGAUGCGGACGAUUUGUCGAUAUUGAACGAUUCGCGCCGCAACCUGAAGGCGUCCUUCUCCAACUCACCCACCGCCGCAUCAUCCCUAAACGAUAGCGACAACGAUUUUCGUCCCCUCGGCUCACUGUCACAGGAUUUGGACGCUUCGGGCGGUGGAAAGGGCGAUGGAGAAGAAGCACCAGCGCCGCCGGGAAAAAACGGCACAACGCCGGCACAUUCGUCGUUGUCGUCCCUUGCCGUUGGCGAACAAUCGAUUACGAGCACUCCGAACAGUUCCUUAUUCAAAGCGCUAAGAACGAACGUUAGCGUAGCGAACGGUGUGACUGCAUCAGCAGGCUGUGAUACUCCGCUGUCCACUGGGCAUUCGUCGUUUCUGAUUAAGAAAAAGCUACGAUUCAACGCCGAAGAUGAAGAUUCCGACUGAGAAGCCUUGUACGGCAGGGUACGGUGUACAGGGAGGCCGGAGUCAUCCAGUAGAAGUAGGCAAAAUAAGUGUGUGAAUUGGAUAACAUCCAAAAUACAAGCUAACCGUAUCUAAUCAUGAACAGAUCUCAGUGCAUUGGUGACAAAAAAAAAAACGGUGGACGGAAAACGAACCGUCGCUAACAUUCAUUCGCUCUCUUUUGCGCUGCGGCUUCCGCACAUUUCAUCAGUUCCAGGUUCGAGUCAUCCGGAGGAAACAGAUGCGUCUGUUUUCUCGUUUUUUUUAUUAUUUAAGCAGAUAAUAACAAAACGCAAGAUGAGAAUAAUAGAGCAGGGGGCGCAUUAUUAGUAUAGUAGAAUCCUUCUAGAUCAGCACAAAGAGAACAGAUAAAGGGAACAAAUGAUGCACCCGAAGUGCAUUGCACUAAACAAGCGCGGUUUGGGCGUAAAACCAAUGUGAUAUCGUGUGUAAACCCCCCCCAACAAACA